GUCCAUUUUCAGUGCCUCUCAGUGCUCACUGCUCUCCAGGUUCCGCUCUGUCUACGGUCUGCUAAGUUGGCCUAGCCUACUUCUCUCUUCCUGCUCUGUUCCAUGGGUCCCGCGGAACUGAACAAGAAAAACAAAAAGCGCAAAGCAGCCGAAGACGAGGCUCCGGCGCCGUCCUCAUUCCUUCAUGACGUUGGUUUGGACAUGCACAGUGAGGACGAGGGUGAAGGUGGGGAAGAAGGUAGCACAGAUGAUGACGAAGCGGAUGAGUUUCCAGAGAUUGACACCAGAAGCGACAGCGAAGAAGACGCUGACAGUGUUGGGGAGGACGAGGCGGAUAGUGAAGACGAGGAGAAAGGUGACGACGAUGAGGACGACGACGAGGAAGAGGAUGAAGAGGAAGAGCAGUCAGAAAUUGAUACGGAGGAUGAUGACUUGCAUAUAUACCCCAAGCCAAAGACUAUCAUUUCAGACAUUACUGGCCAGCCUAAGCGAGUCUACCCCGAGAUCGAGCCGGACUACGAUUCAGACUCAUCCACGGAAGAUACUCCAAACCGCGUCGGCAACAUACCCAUGCAUUGGUACGACGAUCUACCACAUGUAGGCUACGAUAUUAACGGCAAGAAGGUCCUACAUCCCGCCCGUGGUGAUGAGCUGGACAAGUUCCUCGAGACAGUAGAAGACCCCUCGGCCUGGACCACCGCAUUUGACAAGAAUACUCAGAUGGACAAGCCUCUCACACCUGAGGAGUUGGACCUGAUCAGGAGACUUCAACAGCACGAGGUGCCAGAUGCUGGGUAUGAUCCGUACGAACCGACCGUGGAAUGGUUCACUGGCAAGGGCAAGGAAGAGGUGAUGCCGCUCUCAGGUGCCCCAGAACCCAAGCGCAGAUGGGUACCCAGUAAAUGGGAGAAACAGAAAAUCAUGAAAAUUGUUCGUGCCAUUCGUCAAGGCCGGAUCGUCCCCAACAAGCCCAAGACAGCCUCCAACCAGCCCCAGGUUUACGCAAUCUGGGACGACGAGCCGUCGAACCAGCCUGCACCUCUCCCUGCACCCAAGCCCCGUCUUCCCACUCACGCCGAGUCCUAUAACCCGCCGGAAGAGUACCUGCCUACCGAAGACGAGCGGAAGCAAUGGGAGGAGACUGACAAGGAGGAUCGUGAACGCGACUUCCUACCGCAGAAGUACAAGGCUCUGCGCUUGGUCCCGGCCUACGACCAAUUCAUCCAGGAGCGCUUCAGCCGGCAACUGGAUUUGUACUUGGCACCUCGCAUUCAGCGAGUGAAGCUGCAGAUUGACCCGAACAGCCUCAUCCCGAAGCUGCCCAGCCCCAGCAGCCUCAAACCAUUCCCGAUGUACAAGUCACUGCAGGUGCCGCAUGAAAGGCAUCGUGUGAGAGCGAUCAGUGUCAGCCCGGAUGGUGCUUGGGUCGUGAGCGGUGAUGAGAGUGGAAUCAUUCGGCUGUGGGAAAUUAUCGUUGGCAAGGAGGUCAAGCGAUGGAAGUUCCAAGGCAAGGUCGGUGCUGUGGAGUGGUGCCCAAGAACGGACGUCAGCUUCUUCAUUGUAUCAAUCGAAGAGCAACUGCACUUCCUCAUACCGCCCAAUCUCCCCGCCACCAUUCUCACCGCCACCCAGUCACUGCUUGCCCCCGCCACUCUUCCUCCGGCACCAGUGACACCAUCACCUGUCAAAUGGACGUCGACUGCGGCCACCGCUUCUUCCUCCGAUUCGCCCAUCCUCAUUAUCAGCCUGCCGUCCAACUCGGGAAUACCAAAACAAAUCGCAUUCCACCGCAAGGGAGACUACAUGUCUACCGUUGCGAGCGGCGAAGGUGCUGGUGGAGUAUGGAUACACCAGCUUUCUCGCAGGCACUCGCAAGCGCCCUUCCGAAAAGUCAAAGGUUCUAUUCAGCUGGUGCUCUUCCACCCAACGAAGCCGCAUUUCUUCGUUGCCACCCAGCGUUAUGUACGGAUGUACAACCUUGCGGAGCAGAAGCUGCUCAAGACGCUAUCUCCCGGGAUUCAGUGGAUCUCUUCGAUAGAUGUGCACCCAUCGGGAGACCACUUGAUCGUGGGCGGCUACGAUCGAAAACUGUGCUGGUUCGACCUCGAGCUCAGCGACAAGCCGUACAAAAUCCUCCGGUACCACACGCGGGCGAUUCGCUCUGUGCACUUCCAUCCGACGUAUCCAUUGUUCGCUUCCUCCUCGGACGACGGGUCGAUACAGGUGUUCCAUGCGCGCGUGUACAACGACCUCAUGACGAAUCCUCUGAUUGUGCCCCUGAAAAUUCUCCGCGGACACGAUGUCAAGGAGGGGCUGGGAGUGCUGCAGGUGAGGUGGUGCCCCCGGCAGCCAUGGCUGGUAAGUGCGGGUGCGGAUGGGCAGGCUGCAGUCUGGUGCAGUUGAUAGGUAUGGG